UCCACCAAUUUCUUUCCUCUCCUUCAAAAAUGGCUUUCUCUACCUUCUCCAAAACAACCCUCAUCCUCUCUGCCACUUUAUUCAUCACUUACGGUAUCGCUCAUGAUUUUUCAAUCGUAGGCUAUUCCCCCGAGCACUUAGCCUCCAUGGAUAAAACCAUCGAGCUGUUUGAGUCAUGGAUGUCAAAGCACAGUAAAACGUAUCGGAGUGUUGAAGAGAAACUCCAUAGAUUUGAGAUAUUCCUCGACAAUUUGAAGCACAUUGAUGAAACAAACAAGAAGGUUUCUAGCUAUUGGCUGGGGUUGAAUGAAUUUGCAGACCUGAGCCAUGAAGAAUUCAAGAGUAAAUAUUUGGGAUUGAGAGUUGAGUUUCCGAGGAAACGAUCGUCUCGUGGGUUUAGCUAUAGAGAUGUGGAGGACUUGCCCGAGUCGGUUGAUUGGAGAACUAAAGGAGCUGUUACUCCUGUCAAGAACCAAGGCUCUUGCGGGAGUUGCUGGGCAUUUUCAACCGUUGCGGCUGUGGAGGGGAUAAACCAAAUUGUCACUGGAAAUCUAACCUCCUUGUCCGAACAAGAAUUGAUCGAUUGUGACCGAAGCUUCAACAACGGGUGCUACGGUGGUUUGAUGGAUUAUGCCUUCCAAUACAUAAUGUCGAAUUCCGGACUUCGAAAGGAAGAAGACUACCCAUAUCUAAUGGAGGAAGGAAGAUGUAUCAGAGAAAAGGAACAAUUUGAGGUAGUGACCAUUAGCGGUUACGAAGAUGUGCCAGCAAACGAUGAACAGAGUCUCCUAAAAGCAUUGAGUCACCAACCUGUCAGUGUAGCCAUUGAAGCUUCUGGUAGAAAUUUCCAAUUCUACAAAGGGGGAAUAUUCACAGGCCGUUGUGGAACCGAAAUGGAUCAUGGCGUGACAGCCGUUGGGUAUGGUUCAUCAGAGGGAACAGACUACAUUAUAGUAAAGAACUCAUGGGGACCAAAAUGGGGAGAAAAUGGAUAUAUUAGGAUGAAGAGAAAUACAGGAAAACCUGAAGGACUAUGUGGAAUCAACCAAAUGGCUUCUUAUCCAACCAAAGAGAAAUAAUCCAAUGAAGUUAGCCCUCUAGUCUCUAUGAUUGUCAUAUUCUUUUUUUCUUCCCACCAAUUUCCUUUCAAAUCGAUAUGAAAGGCAACUUUUAUUACCUUUUAACAAUAAAAGGACCAAAUUUGUAAUGGUUUGACAUGAAAUAAAUUGCUACUCCUUUUAGAA